UCACUGCUACUGACUAUGACCAUGACCCUUCACACAAAAACCUCCGGGGUUGCCUUAUUGCACCAAAUACAAGGCAAUGAAUUAGAGCCUCUCAGCAGAGCACAACUGAAGAUUCCUCUGGAACGGCCGAUCAGUGAAAUGUAUGUGGACAGCAGCAAGACUGGGGGGUUUAACUACCCAGACGGUGCUGCCUACGAUUUUUCCACUGCCGCUCCAGUGUACAGCUCCACCAGCCUCACUUAUGCCCCUGCGAGUGAAUCGUUUGGCACCACCAGCCUGGGAGGAUUUCAUUCUAUGAACAAUGUUCCCCCAAGCCCUGUUGUCUUUUUACAGUCGGCUCCCCAACUUUCGCCUUUCCUUCAUCACCACAGCCAACAGGUACCUUAUUACCUUGAGAACGAAGCAACCAGUUUUGCCAUGAGAGACACUGCUCCAACAGCUUUCUACAGGCCUGGCUCGGAGACCAGACGUCACAAUGGCAGAGAGCGAAUGUCUAGCACCAAUGAAAGGGGAAACCUGUCUAUGGAGUCUACCAAGGAGACCCGCUAUUGUGCUGUUUGCAAUGAUUAUGCCUCUGGCUACCAUUAUGGGGUUUGGUCCUGUGAGGGCUGUAAAGCCUUUUUUAAAAGGAGCAUUCAAGGUCAUAAUGACUACAUGUGCCCUGCUACCAACCAGUGCACCAUUGACAAGAACAGAAGGAAAAGCUGCCAGGCGUGUAGGCUCCGAAAAUGCUAUGAAGUUGGAAUGAUGAAAGGUGGCAUAAGAAAAGAUCGCAGAGGUGGCCGAAUACUGAAGCACAAACGUCAAAGAGAAGAACACGAUAGCAGAAACGUGGGCACAGUGGCAGAGGCAAGGAGCCCAAAUCUUUGGCCAAGUCCAUUAAUGAUCAAGCAUGGCAAAAAAAACAGUCCAGCUCUUUCCCUCUCUGUAGAUCAGAUGGUUUCUGCUUUGCUAGAGGCAGAACCACCUAUUGUCUAUUCAGAAUAUGACCCUAACAGGCCUUUCAACGAAGCCUCAAUGAUGACGUUGCUGACCAACCUUGCUGAUCGAGAACUGGUUCAUAUGAUCAACUGGGCCAAAAGAGUUCCAGGCUUUGUGGACUUAACACUCCAUGAUCAAGUCCAUCUACUAGAAUGUGCCUGGUUAGAGAUAUUGAUGAUUGGCCUGGUGUGGAGAUCUGUGGAGCACCCAGGAAAGCUGCUCUUUGCCCCCAACUUAUUGUUGGACAGGAAUCAAGGAAAGUGCGUUGAAGGCAUGGUAGAAAUAUUUGACAUGCUGCUGGCUACUUCUUCUCGCUUUCGAAUGAUGAACGUCCAGGGGGAAGAAUUUGUAUGUCUUAAAUCUAUCAUCCUACUCAAUUCUGGGAUCUACACAUUUCUUUCUAGCUCCUUAAAAUCUCUGGAGGAAAAAGAACAUAUCCAUCGUGUUCUGGAUAAGAUUACUGACACUUUGAUGCAUUUAAUGGCCAAAUCCGGCCUUUCCCAGCAGCAGCAACACAGGCGCCUGGCUCAGCUCCUCCUCAUCCUGUCUCACAUCAGGCACAUGAGCAAUAAAGGGAUGGAGCACCUCUAUAACAUGAAGUGCAAGAAUGUGGUCCCACUUUACGAUUUAUUGCUGGAAAUGCUGGAUGCUCACCGUCUGCAUGCUCCUGCAGCUAGGAGCACACCCCACAAUGAAGGGGAACUUUCAGACCAGCUGGUCGUGGCACCUGCUUCAAUGCAUUCCUUACCACCUUGCUAUGUGAACAAACAGGAAGAUGAACCUGUGCAAGAAGCAAUCUGA